AUGUCUUCUGUUAAUGUCCCACACUGCACUCCGUUCCAAGGAGAGGAAUGGGCUGCCUAUGGACAGACUGUGGAGCAGCAAAUUGCCGGGGAAGGACGACGACUCCAGCCGACGCUCCAGUACAGCCUGGAGAAGCUGGACAUGGUCCAAAAGUAUAAGGUGCAGUUGAAAGUGGAUCAGGUCGGCGAGUACAAGUAAGUUCAUUUUGAAUUCAAUGAAAGAGUCUGUAACUACUAAAUUACAGGUACAAAUUCAACGAGAUGGUCAAGGAUUGGGUGGAGCACUGCCGCCUGGAGCAGUCUGAUCUGCAGGCCGCGCAGAUCGUCGAGCAUCCGGACGGCUGGAAGACGGGAAUGGAGUGGCUGGGGGAGACUUGCGACUUCUCCGCGCUCUUCAUCACAAACAAGCCCAACUGCACCAAGAAGUUGCACGUUUUUGUGAACGCGCUCCGUAAGUACGUUGUGUCCGUUGUGAUCAUUUCUGAAAAUGGGACGUCGUAUACGUUCCAGUUUGAGAGUCAAACAUUCGUGGUCGUCUCUAAUUAUGUAAGUGUUUGAGUUUCCCUUCCAUCAAAUCAUUCAUUCCAUUUCCAGAGCCAGCAAUACAAGGCGAAGAAGGCACAGUUGAAAGCGGCUAAGAGAGAGGAGAACCCGAGCAGAGCACAGAAGAGACCGUCGGAGAGGACUGCGGAGCCGAAGAGAAAGCAAAGGAAGGUAUGUGCUGAUGAAAGUGAGCAGGUUCAGGUGCAACAAGAGCAGCAGGCUCCGUCGGAGGUGAGUUCUAAUGCUCCGUUUCAGAUGAACCCAUUCGAACCGAAUGAUCCGGAAGAAAGCAACGUUGAAUGGGUGCAGAUUGAGGAGGAUGAGGUCGUGCCGGAGGAUCAGGAAGAAGACAACGUUGAAUGGGUGCAGGUGGACGAGGAUGGAGUGGUGCCCGAGGAUCAGGAAGGAGAUAACGUUAUCUGGGUGCAGGUGGACGAGGAUGGAGUGGUGCCCGAGGAUCAGGUGUUCUAUGACUACCUCCCAGUGGAGCAGCAGGAGGUGGGUGAUAAUGUUCCGUUGCAGCAGUACCCAUCCGAGAACAAUGAUUCUCAUGGGCAACAAGUGCUCAUUCAAGAGCAGAUCGAAGAUGAGCAAAUUUUUAGAGACUUCUUCUACAUCCCAGACCAACAGCAAUGGAACAACCAAGUGGAGAACGUGGUCCCACACCAGGUAAGCACUAAUGUCCCAUUGCAGAACUAUGAAUCCACGCGCAACGUUGCUCAUAACCAGCAAGGAGCACAUGUUCAAGGACAGCAUGUGCCCAGGUAUGAGCAAGUUCGCAAUGCCGAGCAGUAUCCGCUUCAGCCGCCGCCGCAUCAAUCGAUCACUCAUCCUCAAGGAGCGAAUGUGAUGCCGUCCCAGGUGAGUGCAAAUGCACCAUUUCAGAACAACUGGCACGUGGAGCAACAUUACCAACAACAUAAUAAUGGCCACCAAGGACAGAGCGGAAACGUCGAGAAUCAGCAGAUGCCGACUUCUCCAGGGACGAAUGGCCAACGGAAUCCGGCACCGAGGCAUCCACAUUAUUAA